CUCUCUCAAAAAUCUCGGGUUCCUCCUAUAAAUAUCCCCCAACUUCACCUCCUCAUCUCAUUUUUCGAGUUCUUUGCAUGUAAAAGUUUCAAACUGAGCUCGAUCGAGUUUCGACGAUCCCGCGAUGGAGCAAAAGAGCUUUCUCAUGUCGGCCCUUGGAGUGGGGCUUAGCGUUGGGGUCGGCCUCGGCGUUGGGCGGUGGACGGCCCAGAGCUCGGCGGAGCCCGGGGGGUUGACGGCGGAGAAGCUGGAGGCGGAGCUGAUGAAGCAAGUUAUCGAUGGGAAGGAGGGUGAUGCUAGCUUCGAUCGGUUCCCGUACUAUCUCAGUGAUCAAACCCAUGCUGUCUUGACAAGUGCAGCCUUUGUUCAUUUAAAGCAAGCAGAAAUUUCUAAGUAUACUCGGAAGCUAUCUCCUGCAAGUCGAGCCAUACUACUCUCAGGCCCUGCAGAGCUAUAUCAGCAGAUGCUUGCAAAGGCGCUAGCGCAUCACUUUGAGGCCAAACUAUUGUUGUUAGAUAUAACUGACUUCUCUCUCAAGAUGCAGAGCAAAUAUGGUGAUGGCAAUAAAGAUUCACUUCUCAAAAGAUCCAUAUCAGAGGCAGCAAUUGAGAGAAUGUCUGGUCUAUUUGAAUCCUUUUCCCUUCUUUCUCCAAGGGAGGAACCUAAAGUUCCAUUACGUAGGCAAGGCAGCAGUGCAGAUUUAAGGGCAAGGGAUGGCAACAGUAAAACCGCAAAUAUCCGCAGGAAUGACUCUUGUUCAGUUGAUAUGAAUGAUGUCACAUCACAAAGUGGUUCAGUAAAUCCAGCUCCCCUCAAACGUACAAGCAGCUGGUCAUUUGAUGAGAAAGUCCUCCUACAAUCAGUUUACAAGGUUUUAACAUCAAUCUCCAAAAUCAAUCCUACUAUCCUUUAUAUAAGGGACGUUGAGAACUUUCUGUCUAGGUCCCAAAGAAUGUAUUCCUUGUUUCAAAAGAUGUUGACAAAAAUAUCAGGCCCAGUUUUGAUACUUGGUUCAAGGCUGUUGGAUUCAGACAGCGAAUUCAAAGAAGUGGACGAGAGUUUAACUCUUCUGUUCCCUUACAAUAUAGAGAUCAAGCCUCCAGAGGAUGAAAUGCACUUGGGAUGUUGGAAAUCUCAACUAGAGGAAGACAUGAAAAAGAUCCAAAUUCAGGAUAACAGAAACCAUAUCGCAGAGGUACUUGUAGCAAAUGAUCUUGAGUGUGAUGAUUUGAGCUCUAUAUGUCUCGCAGAUACGAUGACUCUCAGCAAUUACAUAGAGGAAAUAGUGAUUUCAGCAGUUUCCUAUCAUUUAAUGAAUAACAAGGAUCCUGAGUACAGAAAUGGAAAGCUUGUCAUCUCUUCAAAGAGCUUGUCCCAUGGAUUGAGUUUAUUUCAGCAAAGUGACUCUCUAAAGCUGGAAGCUAAUGCUGAAUCGUCAAAGGAAGUUGGUAAUGAAGAAGCCACAAAGUCUGAUGCAGCGGCUUCUGAAAACAAAAGUGAAACGGAUAAAUCAUCUAAACCAGCAAAAGCACCUGAAGUUGCUCCAGACAAUGAAUUCGAAAAGCGAAUUAGAUCAGAGGUUAUCCCAGCCAAUGAAAUUGGAGUGACAUUUGAUGAUAUAGGCGCCUUAGGAGAUAUAAAAGAAUCUCUUCAGGAGCUAGUCAUGCUUCCCCUUCAAAGACCAGACCUCUUUAAAGGAGGUCUACUAAAACCUUGCAGGGGAAUACUAUUAUUCGGACCACCUGGGACCGGGAAAACAAUGCUGGCAAAGGCCAUAGCAAAUGAAGCUGGAGCAAGCUUCAUUAAUGUCUCAAUGGCUACUAUCACAUCAAAAUGGUUUGGUGAAGAUGAGAAGAAUGUUAGAGCUUUGUUUUCACUGGCUGCUAAGGUUUCGCCCACUAUAAUCUUUGUGGAUGAAGUUGAUAGCAUGCUUGGGCAUAGGAGUAGAAUUGGAGAACAUGAGGCGAUGAGGAAGAUAAAGAAUGAGUUUAUGUCUCACUGGGAUGGGAUCCUGACAAAAUCCGGUGCAAGGAUCCUUGUUCUUGCUGCAACAAACCGACCAUUUGAUCUUGAUGAAGCUAUUAUUAGGAGGUUUGAGCGCAGAAUCAUGGUCGGCCUACCGAUGCUGGAGAGCAGGGAAUUAAUCUUGAGAACAUUAUUGUCAAAAGAGAAGGUUGAAGAAGGUAUUGAUUACAAAGAGCUAGCAACCAUGACUGAAGGAUACAGUGGCAGCGAUCUUAAGAACCUGUGCACGACAGCAGCAUAUCGUCCUGUUCGGGAGCUACUUCAGAAGGAGAAACUCAAGGAACUGGAGAAGAAGGAGAAUGCUGAGAAAGGAGAGGGUGCAGCAGAGACAACAGAAACUAAGGAGGAUGUGGAGCCAGAAAUUAUUUUGAGGCCGUUAAACAUGGAAGACAUGAGGCAGGCUAAGAAUCAAGUUUCUGCCAGCUUUGCUACCGAAGGUUCUGUUAUGAGCGAACUAAGGCAAUGGAAUGACUUAUACGGGGAAGGUGGUUCAAGAAAGAAGGAGCAGUUGUCUUACUUCCUUUAAAUCAUACAUGUAUUAAUACACUCGGACAGAUGCCCAUUCGAGAUCAAGACAAAAUGCAAAGAUGGUUGGUAGAAGUUGAAGAAAGGACAUGAGAUUGUUGGUUCCUAUCCUAUUUGUUUGUGGAGAUCAACAUGACUAAGGGAGGGAUAGGAAAACAGAAAUAGGCAAAUGUAGUUAAGAUAGUAUGUUGUAUAAUAUUCUUUCGACAUCUCAUAUGUAUAUGAUGGGUGUGCCUAAUGUAUUGUAUUUGUUCUGGUUUCAUUGUUUUAGAUUAUGUAUUUGAUAAUUGGAGAACAAUGUUUACUAAACUAUAUCCCCUUGAAUAGAAAGUUUAGUAUUGCAUGAUUGUGUAA